AAACACAUUAAGCAGACUGGCGGGUGUCGGGAUCCUCAAGGCACAACAUCGGCGACCUGAAUUAAACACAUAGAUAGCCAUUGUUGUUGCCCCUUUCGAAGUAUCUAGGUAUUUUCGUUUUGUCACUCUCGCUACAAUGUCGGUAGGUUUGGAGUCUGGAUUCUCGAGCGAGGAGGUGCUCACCAGCCGCUUCCCCCUCCAUCGGGCGUGCAGGGAUGGAGACGUCGCAGCAUUGUGCUCCCUCCUUCAGUGCACCUCAAACCCGGCUGACCUCGCGGUGGAAGACACCUUCUACGGCUGGACGCCUAUUCACUGGGCCGCUCACUUCGGAAAGCUGGAGUGUGUGAUGCGUCUGGUUCAGGUGGGCAGCGGCGUGAACGCGGUCACCUCCAGGUUUGCACAGACACCCAUUCACAUUGCUGCGUUCGGGGGCCACCCUGAGUGCUUGUUAUGGCUGCUCCGAGCCGGCGCAGACAUUAACAGACAGGACUAUGUGGGCGAGUCGCCCAUUCACAAGGCUGCUCGUGCGGGCAGUCUGGAGUGCAUCAAUGCUCUCUUGAUUCAGGGAGCGAAAGCUGAUAUGAGGAAUGCCAGUGGGCUGACUGCUGCCGACUUGGCUCACGCCCAGGGAUUCCAGGAGUGCGCAGAGAUUCUCUCCAAUGCCCAGAACUUCCAACAAAACAUGGCUCAGUCCCUUAACGGGACUUUUCUGAACGGCGUGACCCAGAUCGGGGGCCAGGCUCGUCCCACCAUCCAGGGACGCAGCUUCUCGAACGGCGUGCCCAACAGAAAGAGGUCGUUUGAUGGCAUGGAAGCGAAUGCGGGGAAGAAGGCCCGACCGAACGGUCUGGGCUCGCCACCCGAAUUGCAUAAUGGGAAUGGGCCACUGGGUGGCGCUGGAGAGGUCCAGAUGGAAGGCAUGAACAUGGAGUUGGCGCCGGCUGUAACUUCAGUAGCAGGUGAGGGUUUUUCCUCAAAUGGCCACAAUCGAGCAGAGCUUCAGUUUGGGUGUUACUCAGGAGCAGAAACCCACCGCGGCCCACUCUCCUACAGCGACUCAUCCGACAACGGCACAGGAGGCAGCCAGGUGGAGCACCAGAAGUGUGUGAGAGCAGAGCAGUUGUAUGACCAUGCCUUCUUCACCACCAUGCUGCUUUUCCAUGGAUCCUAAAGUAGAGGUUCUCUUUGACAGACUGUCCUUUUUUGCCUGAAUGUUGUAAGAGUUUAAACCAGCAUUAAUUUGCCUUAAAGCCAUUGAGUGGUGCAGUUAUUCAUUGAAAUUCUUUGUUUUUUCUUUUUUGGAAAGGGCAGGCCCGUCAUUGUGUUUGGAUUGAAAUGUGUAACUGACUGUUGAUUAAGGAGAGAUUAUUGUAUUGUUAAAAAAAGGUGUUUUUUAUUUUUAAGUUUGAUUUAAGCUGUAUAUAGACAUAUUCGGAUUACUAAACUAAGCAUCUGCAUUGAAACUGCCAAUAUUUACAUUCUAAUUCUGUCUCAUCUUGAUGUGGGGUGAUCAGUUUGUUUUUUGAUAAAAAAUACGCAUUAACAAUUAAAGUUUUGCAUAAUCUAAAGUUGAUUCAGUUUAUUUGAUCACAGCUAUAAAUGUUGUGUAAAAAAGUCCAUAUUAAGGCAAGCUGCCAGUCAGCAAAUUUAUAAACUAGUUUUGUAGAAAUUGUGGCAUUGUACAACUCCCUAACUUAAAUCCUCAUAUUUCUUAUAUUGGGAGCCCCUGUGUUACUGCAGAUAGCGAAAGAUUGCUUUUUGUUGGGCUGAAUGGGUAUUUGUAACAUUACUACCCAAUUUAAAUUGAUUAUUGGCCAGUUUAGUAUAUUUGCUGGAAAAAAACAGGAAUUCACACUAAAUUCUAAAUGGCCAACUUCAGUUUCAGGAAACUUAUUUAAAUUCUAAAUGUUCCUCCUAAAUGUUAUACAAUGAGGUGAAGCAUACUGCAAGGGUUGCUGUUGAAGCCGCUCUGAAGGAUUCAAAUAACAUAAUGUAGACUUUAAAUGUGUGCCAUAUUUAGUUGUGUUUUGAGAAUUUUUAUCCCCUAUAAAAAGUUUUUGUGACAAU